GCCACGCAGGGCGUGCCCGGGCCCGUGCCGUAUUCCAACGAACGCGAGCGCCGUCGGCACGCAGGUCAGCGGGGCGGCCCGGCGACCGACAGCACGCCCUUCCAGGAACCCAGCCCCGACGUCUUGGGCCGUAGCCUCCGGUAGGGACCCCCGCCCGCUCAGUCGAGGUGUUAGUGACUCGGCGAGCGUCCAAAUCUAACCGCGAGCAUGCCAGAGGAGGAAGACGAUGACGACAAAAAAGUAAAGGACAAGAAAGGCGGCAAGGACGACAAGAAAGACGACAAGAAGGACAAGAAAGGGGGCAAGGACGACAAGAAGGACGACAAGAAGGACAAGGGAGGCAAGGACAAGGGAGGGAAAGAAAAGGACAAGAGCCCCAAGAGUCCGACGAAGGGAUCCACCAAAGGUUCGGGCAAAGGAUCUGCGAAGGGAUCGGUGAGAGGCUCUCCCAAGGGCGAGAAGCGCAUCGAAGAGUCUUCGGACAAGAAGGUCGAGAAGUCUGACAAGUCGGAAAAGUCCGAGAAAUCCGAGAAGAGCGAGCGAGCCGAGAAACCAGAGAAGCCGAAAGAAAAGUCCAAGAAGCCGGCGUUGAGCCCGUACAAGGCACCGCCCCCGUCGGAGACGAUGCUCCGGGCAAUGGCCGAGCCGGGACCGGUGUACGCGGAACGGUUCUACAACGACGAGUACGAAGACGAACAGGAGGGCCGAAACUACAUCGAAGUGCAGAUGUACCAAAGGCGAUCCGGCACAAACAUCAGCGAGGGCGAAGGAGGAGGGCACGCCAUGGGGGGCGGUGGUGGGCGGCGGCGGCGGAGGCGCACGCGGCCAGACCUUCUACGUGGACGUGCCUCCUCCGCGGCCGCCGAGGCCGCCCGCGUUCGACGACUACUACGCGGACGAGCCGCCGCCUCCUAG